AUGUUCACAAGAAAGGCAGCAACCAAGCGCGACGAUUUGACAGUCACAGACAAAGAUUCAACAGAAAAGACCAGUCAUCAAGCUGCUAGCAGUCGGCAAACAGCUAACACCGCCUGCGGAAGCUCAGACAGCAGUCAGCAAGCUGCCAGCAGCCAGCACUCAAGGACAGACAGCUCCGGAUCCUAUUCAGACAACGCUCAAGGGUCCAGCAGUGAUCAGAAAAUCAAAAACAACGACGGCACCAGCUACGAAGCCAGCCAGCAAAAUCAAAGCAGCGACCAAAGCAUCGAAAAGGCCGACGGAAGCAAGUACAACGCUAGCCAGCAAGCGGCCAGCUCUAACUCGAAAUCUGUGACAGCUAAAGGCACUCACGAAGCCAGUCAGCAAGCUCAGAGUGACGCUCAGUACAGCGAAGAUAGUCACGGAUCGCACUCAGUGAAUCACCAGGCUGCUAGCAGCGAUGAAAAAUACAGAGGUGCUAACGGGGAUGCCCUAGACAAGAGCCAACAGAGCGCUAGCGCCAGCGAAAAGACAGUAAACUCUGCCGGUACUUUUAGUAACGAUCAACAGGCAAGUAGCGACAAUACGAAGAGGGUUGACAAGUAUGGCUCGUACGAAGAUAGCCACCAGGAGGCUAGCAGUGACAAGAGCGUCGAACUGAACGACGGAAGCAAGUACCAGGAACGCAGACAGGCCGCGAGUGGAAACAAGAAGAUCAAGAACGCAUCAGGGCAGUACGAGGAGGAUAACCAAGCGGCGAGCAACCAGGUUCACAGUUCGGACGCUUCGGGCACAUACGAUGCGGACAACCAAGCGGCUAGUAGCGCGCAAAGAGGGCAGUCAGCCGAUGGGUCUAGUUUCGAAAACACGCAACAGGCCGCAAGUGGAAGCAAGCACGUCUCAAACUGCCAGGGCAAUUUCUCAAACGACCAGCAAAAGGCUAGCAGUACCGAGAAGAGGUCAGACGCAUCUGGAUCGUACUCGGGCAGUAACCAGGCCGCUAGCAAUAGAGCGAAUUACCAAUACAACGACGGUUCGACGUACAACGCGAGUCAGCAGGAAGCAAGCGCUGACCAGCACGAAGUGAAUGCUGCUGGCAGACGCGACAGCAGUCAACAGUCGAAUAGCAGUGACGAGCAGAUCCACACUGCUGGUUACGAUUCAUCGAAGGCUGCGCAGGCCGCUAGCAGUUACGACAGCUUCGAAAGCGCCGAUGGAAGCUACAAGAAGCAAGAACAAGCGUCAGCUUCCAGCUCUCAGUCCCACUACUCAAGCGCGACUGUGACCGAGUCUCACUCCGCGGCCGCGCAACAAAGCGCCACCUUUGAAGAAUACGACUAA